AUGCUGGUCCGCCUGUCAACGCUGGCCUUCGCCGCCGGCAUUCUGUCAACACCAUCGCUUGUAGCAGGCCUGUCUUCGUCUGAUAUCCCCGCCGACACACCUGUCUCUAGACUCCUCGAGUCUGCUCAGGCGCAUCUUUCCAAGGGCGAGACGGGUGACGCGCUCGUUUACUACGAUGCCGCCAUUGCCAAGGACCCGAACAACUACCUGUCCCUCUUCAAGCGCGCCACCACGUACCUCUCGCUGGGACGCACGGCGCAGGCGACGGAUGACUUCGAAAAGGUUCUCUCGAUUAAGCCCGGCUUCGAGGGUGCCCAUGUGCAGUUGGGAAAGCUAAAGGCCCGCUCUGCCGAGUGGGACGCCGCAAGGGAGCACUACAAGAAGGCGAAAAAGACGGAGGAAAUUGUCGCCCUCGAGGAGGCGCACGGCGCGGCCAAUCUCGCCGAGGCGGCCGCCAAGGCCGAGAACUGGGAGGAGUGCGUGAAGCAGGCCGACGAUGCCAUCCUCGUCGCUAGCCGGGCGCUGUCAUUGCGGGAGCUGCGUGCACGGUGCGCCUUCGAGCGGGGUGCCGUUGAGAGGGGCAUGGGCGAUCUGCAGCACAUCCUGCAGAUGAAGCCGGGCGACACAUCACCCCAUGUCAAGAUCUCGGCCAUUACUUUCUACGCGUUGGGCGACACGCAGGAGGGUAUGGCCGCCAUCCGGAGGUGUCUGCACUCGGACCCCGACUCGAAGGUGUGCAAGCGUCUUCUCAAGGAGGAGAAAUUGGUGGAUAAGGUGCUGCAGAAGGUCACCAAGGCCCUCGAAAAGAACCAGCAUAUGACAGCAGUGCGGCAGCUCGUGCCCUCGGCAGAGGGCGACGGUUUAAUCAAGGAGGUGAAGGAGCAGGUGAGCAGGCUGAGGGAAGACGGGACGAUACCCAAGGCGGCGGGAAAUGUCUUGGUAUCAAGGCUAGUAGGGAUGGCUUGCCAAGCAUACUAUGAGUCCAGUAGCAAGAAGGCCCAGGAGUACUGCGACGAAUCUCUCGAGCUGGACGAGAACUCACUCUACGGCUUGCUCCAUCGCGCCAAGGUGCAAAUGGAUAAGGAGGAAUUCGAAGCCAGCACCCACACGCUCCGCAAGGCCGCCGAGGCCCAUCCGGACAAGCAGGACAUCGUCAACCCGCUGAUCCAAAAGGCCCAGGUCGCCCUCAAGCGGAGCAAGACAAAGGACUACUACAAGGUGCUGGGCGUGGCGCACGACGCCGACGAGCGCCAGAUCAAGUCGGCCUACCGCAAGCUGUCCAAGCUCCACCACCCGGACAAGGCGGCCAAGCAGGGGCUCACCAAGGAGGAGGCCGAGAAGAAGAUGGCGGCCAUCAACGAGGCCUACGAGGUGCUCAGCAACCCGGAGCUGCGCGCCCGCUUCGACCGCGGCGACGACCCCAACUCGACCGAGCAGCCCCAGUUCCACCAAGGCAGCCCGUUUGGCCAUGGCCAUCCGUUCAUGUUCCACCAGGGCGGCCCGCAGCAAUUCCAGUUCAAGUUUGGAUCUGGCUUCCCGUUUUAA